CUUUCUUUACAUUACCAACUCAAUCCCACUAUAUAUCCCUCAUUAAACCUCACAGAAUGUGUAUCCCUUCAUGUUUUCGUUUUUAAGAGUUCACACCCUGUGUCUUUUUCAACUCAAAGAAAUGACUGCAUCUUCCCUUACAACCUCUCCAAGAAAGCUUCGAUCAGAUCUUUACUCUUACUCCUAUCAGAACGAUGCAAACACCCCAUUGGUGAUCUCAGUCCUGGCUUCUCUCAUCGAGAGAACAAUGGCCAGAAACCAAAGGGUUUCCAACAACUGUAAAUGGGCAUUCACAAAAGAUUUCAGAAGCAGAGUUUUCCAUUGCCACCAGACACCAGACAUGACAAUUCAAUCCUACCUAGAAAGGAUCUUCAAGUACACCAAAGCCGGACCAUCCAUUUAUGUAGUCGCAUACGUAUAUAUCGAUCGCUUUUGCCAAGCAAAUCCAUGGUUUCGUAUCGAUGCAAGAAACGUACACAGGCUUCUCAUAACCAUCAUCAUGGUCGCUUCCAAGUGUGUUGAAGACACGAACUACAGGAAUUCGUACUUUGCUCGAGUAGGGGGAUUGACAAAAAAGGAACUAAAUAAGUUGGAGGUUGAAUUUUUAUUCUUGAUAGAUUUCAAGUUACAUGUGAAUGUGAGUGUGUUCGAGAGUUAUUGUAGUCACUUGGAGAGGGAAGUGAGCAUUGGAGGAGGAUACCACAUCGAGAAGACUCUAUGAUGUGCUGAAGAAAUCAAAUCAAGACAGGUUAAAGAAACAAGACACAACUCCAUUGCUCGUAUUUUGUUGUAAUAAUUACAUCAUCCAGGGAAUUUUCGUUCUCCCCAUUCUGGUUUUGCAAUGGUGUUAUGACUU